UGAGUACAGCACUAUAAGAAAGAAAUGAAAAAAGAAUUGUGUGAAGCGGUGAAGAGAGGUGAUAUUCAAUCAGUAACACGUCUUUUGCAAUUGAGCGUUGAUAUCAAUACGCGUGAUGAGGCAGGGAACACUCUUCUGAUACAAGCGUGUUGGAAGAAUAAGAAGGAAAUGGUUGAGUUGCUGCUCACUACAUCAGUAGAUGUUAAUGGUACUGGUGGCAUGUGGAGAGAGACGGCUUUGAUAAUAGCAGCAAGGAAGGGGUUGCACGACAUCAUUGACAUAUUAUUGAAGACCAAAGAUAUUAAUGUGAUGAAGGGAGAUUAUGUGAGUUUGAGUAUUGAGAGUUGGGAAGGACAGCCAUGCUGCAAUGAAUAA